GAAGGUGGAGCACAUUGAUUCUGUGUAGUUCCUUUAAGCUAGAAUCAACUUGACGUUUUUCAUAUUUUAAUUAGUGUAGUUUGCAUUUAAAAAUAAUGGAUGCUGAAUGGAGAGAAGAGGACAAACGGCCGCAAUUUGGAGCUAGAUUUUUAACAAACGAAGGAGAUGUGUAUCAACACAAUGCCUGGGACAAUGUUGAAUGGAACCCAGAGCAGGUGGCUCUUGCUGAAAAGUUAGUCAAUGAGAGCUCAAUGCACCUGAUGGAUAUGGAAAUGCAAGAGACGCUUAAGCGAACUGCGAACAUUCAGUGGGAUGCUUUUUACAACAUACACUCAAAUAGAUUCUUCAAAGACCGACAUUGGCUGUUUGUAGAGUUUCCUGAACUCAUACCGAAAGAGGAUAAAAAUAAAGAUAAAAUGCUUCUGUGGGAAAUCGGCUGCGGUGUCGGAAACACAGUUUUUCCCGUACUCAAGUACGCAGCUGACUCAAACUUGUUCAUUUACUGUUGCGAUUUUUCCGAGACAGCUGUCGACAUUCUUAAAAAUCAUGAAGAAUUUGAUGAAGCGAGGUGUUGUGCGUUUGUAUGCGAUGUAACAUCAGAAAACGCUGAAAUGCCAUUUGAGGAAUCAAGCCUAGAUAUAAUCAUUUUAAUAUUUGUCCUGUCAGCUAUUGUCCCAGAAAAAAUGGAGAUUGUAGUGAAGCAAGUCUAUAAGUAUUUGAAGCCUGGAGGUCUCGUCAUUCUUAGGGAUUAUGGCAAGUACGACAUGGCCGAGCUAAGGAUCAAGUCAGGAAGGUGUUUGCAGGAGAAUUUUUAUGCUAGAGGGGACGGCACAUUUGUUUACUUCUUUACACAAGAUGAAAUUAAAGAUUUAUUCAUGAAAGUCGGAUUUCAAGAGGAGCAGAAUCUAGUUGAUCGGCGGCUGCAGGUUAACAGGGGAAAAAAAUUAAAAAUGUAUCGUGUCUGGAUACAAGCAAAAUACAGAAAACCAAUCUGAAAUUUAGUAUAUAACAGCUUUAUACUUGAAUGAAACGAUACAUGACAUUUAUUUUAUUAUCCCCACUAAAGUGCAAAUAUUUAGUUUAAUAAGAUGAUUUUCAAUUUUACAAUUAA